AUGGCCUACGAACCAGUUGGCCGUACCGACGGCUCGUGGAUAUCAAUCACUGACAAUCUCGAGACGAGAAUGCAAUACGAUGCCGGCUCAUACAGUAGCGACCCUUCAGCAACAGGUUCAGUGCACUGUGGAGUAGGAGAUCGAGCCAAAAAUGUCAAGGGUGCAACCUGGUCUAGUGAAUCAAUAUCAGAGCAGUGGCCUUUGCAGUCGCAGAAACUGGCACCGAUGACGCCGUGGCGUGGAUUCAUCAUGAUUUUUGACGUGAUUCUGGCGUCCACGCCCAUCAUGUUUAUUACUGCCAGGCUGGACGGGACGGAAAUGUCAGACUAUGGAUCCAAUUUGAAAGAGACAUUACUCGUAUCGCCAACCAUCUUUCCCCUUCUCUUUGCAGCCUUGAUGGGGAGGUUCUUUCGCCAUCUUGGUCUCUGGCUGGCGCAGCGAGGGACAACCCUCGGUCGUCUUGAGCAGCUAGUCGGCUGUCAAUCUGUCUUCUCUGCGCUUGAGCGGCAGAUCUCUCUCCGUUCGUGGUCCAUUAUCGGAAUAGCAUCGAUUCUGGUCUGGCUUCUCUCACCAGUCGGAGGUCAAUCAGCACUGCGUCUGCUCGGCCAAGAAAGUGGGGAAAUUCAUUCGACUCGUCAACUUCGCUACUUGAACCCGAUGGAGAUAAUGAAAAGCAUAAUGGUUGGUGCCAGCGGCGUCAACGGCGCUCGGGGUGGCUUCACGGCCAUUUGCCUUGCAGCUCUUCUCAGUAGUUCCAAGGUUAAAAACACGCCCAUGGACUUGUGGGGAAACGUUAAACUUCCUUUGUACCGACACAUUGAGAACAGCACCUCUGAUGAAUGGAAAAUCAUCUGGAAUCCGACUGGCAACAACAUCACAUAUGCUUCUCUCAUAGGCAUCCCGGUUGUCGGUCUACCUACGGAUGGAGUCAGCAAUUUCAAUAUUAAAGCCCGUCAAUGGGAUAUAACCUGUUCGAGCAACGAAGGCACCAACGACAACCAGACAGACUUCGAUAACCUGUACACAUGGAAACUGUCCUAUACCGAUAAUAAGACUCCAGUAUGCCAAAAUCAAACACAGUGUAACCUCACAACGUGCAGCGGUUAUCCUUGUCCAAUCCGUAGCGUAUCGCUCGCCAGCAACGAAACCUAUCUUUUUUCCGUAGCCGCGUGCGGCAUGACGUUUGAGAACUUCGAGGCACAAGUACAAUGUACAGGGCGGGCAUGUGCUGUACAAAAGAUGAGGAAAAUUCCGUUAUUCGACGACGAUUACCCAAUAGGGUACGAUAAGACCAUGCGCAAUAUGUUCACCGUCGCCUCACUCCACUACAUGACUACGCUGGAUAACUACAACAUAGCAAGUAGAGUAGCUCGAGGCUCCACCAACAUGGAAAGAUGGAUGAGAGACCCUUCGCGAUUCAUUGGCUUAAUGUACAACAAUGUGAACCUGUAUGAGCUGUCUCCACAGCUCUUUGGAGAUCGACUGACCAUCGCGUACAACACUUACUGGCAGUCAACGUAUGGAACCUCCUCUCUGGCUGGCAAUCUACCCGAUUCUGUAGCAGAGACUGGAGUACUCCGAGUUGCAACGCCUGACGCCCCUUCCAUCUCCAACAUAUCAUUUGUGGUGUCGGAAGCAUCCACAGUCACAAAGACAAAGCCAGUGUACAAGACGAACUGGAAGUGGUUCACAGCGCUCAUGGUGUGCUCUUGCAUCCUAUUGGUGGCGGCGUACACUGGCCUUGUUCUCAAAUACAUCACUAUCGCGCCAGACAUCAUCGGCUACGCCUCUUCUCUAACAAUCCUAAACCCAUAUGUUCCGACACCAACAGGAGGAACUACACUCCACGGCCUGCAACGCGCAGCCUUGCUACGCGACUUGCCGGUGCGUAUAGGUGAUGUUAGCCCCAACGAGCCCGUCGGUGUCAUUGCGCUUGCCAAAGCCGACACGGAGCAAGUAGCAAGACUAGACAGGCAACGGUCGUACAUAUGA